GAUUCUACUGUAAAACAGAAUAGGAUUAUAUGCUUAGCCGAUUUGAAUAAAAACUCUCUUUUUACAGAUAAAUAAAGCUGUCAAACAGAAAACCGAUAGAAAUAAUUAACAAUGGCUGAUAAUGAAAAAUCAAUGUCUCGAGCGGUAUCAGAAAAUUCGAAUCUUCAUAACAAGAUCAGCCCAACCAAGAGGGCGUACUGUGAUUUACAUCACUCGUAUUCCUCAAUACUUUCCGCAAAAAGUUACGGAUCAUCCGUUACCAUUUACUGUGCAGUCGGCAAUGACCGACAAACCCCAGCUUCUGCAAGUCAAAACGUUUUUCCCUACCCAAGUCAGCCUAUGACCCGAGCAUCAUCUUAUCCGACAUUAGUGUCACCAGUUACAACGGAGAACCAACUAUCUAACCAGCUACGCCCGCAUUUCAGCGAAGCAGCUGAAGUACUUCAACAGUACAUCGCUAAGCGCUCCCGCAAAAACUAA